AUGAGCCUGUUGCUGUUGUUGUCAGGCGUGCUCCUGUGGGAACACGUGACUGCCACAUCGUAUGACAAAAUGUCCAAUGAAGAGCUGUAUGACAAUCUGCUUUCCACUGCUAAUCGCACCCAUAUAGUUGCCCAAAAAAUGUAUAAAAUUUUAGAUUUAAGGAUAGCCAAAAGAAGAUGGUUUAAAAAUAAAAGAAGCGAAACCUGCCAAACCACUUCCACCCCCACUUCAAAUAACACUAAAGAACUUCUCAAUGUCAUCAUCAACAUUUCAAGUGCCUGGAAACACCCACUGAGACUACUGCCACUUGCAGUGCUGACUCAUUUAGAGUCCUAUCAUGGUAUGCUGGCAAGAGCCGUAGAAGUUAACUAUAGAAAUAAAAAAGUUCUGGAGGGAGCAAAAUUGUUACUCAGCAGGAUUCAGCCUGAAGUUAAAGAAAAUGACUAUCCUGAAUGGCAAGUACUAAGAGAAUUAAGGUCUUCCAAUGAAACCAUUCACCUCUGUGCAUUUCAUAAACUCUUAUUCUGCUUGCACAAGGAUACAGGAAUGAUUUUCCAUUAUUUCAGCAUCCUGAGGAGCUGA